UCCUCCAAGCUACUCGAACGGUCGCCAUUACCACGCCACUUGCACGUUAUCGCGCCACCGGGUCUAGAAACUGUCAUAGUGAAGACUUUGUGUCUAAAUUAUUAAACUUUUUAUAAUUCUUUGUUAUUGUGUUCAAAAUGUCUGACGAAAAAAAGGGAGAAAGCGAACAUAUUAACUUAAAGGUGUUGGGUCAAGACAAUGCAAUUGUCCAAUUCAAAAUUAAAAAACAUACACCCCUCAGGAAAUUGAUGAACGCCUAUUGUGAUCGAGCGGGUCUGUCAAUGCAAGUGGUGAGAUUCCGAUUUGACGGUCAACCAAUUAAUGAAAAUGACACACCAACAUCUUUGGAGAUGGAAGAAGGGGAUACAAUAGAAGUGUACCAACAACAGACUGGGGGAGCGUGUUUCUAGCGUUAUUUGUAUAUUAAGGAACAGUCUAGUGGCAUGAUCAACAAUGUUGCCCAUCUCAAAAAUUUAAAUUAAGUUACUUUAAAAAACAAUAGUCUCUGUAAGUCGGGAUUUAUGUGAAAGUUGAAGAGGACUGCAUCCCAAAAUUUGUUGUUUUUGAGAUGAAAUGUUUCCGUUUUUUCUAACAUUAUUAUUAGGAUAAAAUUUGAUUUAAACCAAAUAAGUAACUUCAACUAUUCCAUUGUGAUAAUUAAGUUGACCCGACAGCCAGUAUUGUGAAUGCUGUAUGGCACUUUUUGGUCAACGAAAUUAGUUUUUGACAGAGAGAUCCAUCCCAUUGUCACCUCUUAAUUAAUGUACCUAUCUUAAAUAAAGUAAACGUAAUUAUUA